AUGACACACGAGGAAGAGGUUUCGUCUGAACCCAGUGUGGAUGAGCUUCGUGACCAACUAGAUACGUUGUGGGAGAAACACCUUACCCUCUUGGACUCAUACCUCCAAGCCCAACAACAAAUAGCCCGUCACUUCUCCUCGGGCUUCUUCAAUCUCGCUCAGGCCACUUUCAAGUCGACGACUCGUGUUCGCUAUGGCCAGGAGUGCUACGACGACCGCAUGCAGGCAAACACUCGCUUUCAUGCUUCCGUCGAUGCCAAAGACAAACCAUGUCUCGCUCUGAAAAUCAGAAAGACGACAUCAACGANNCCAAGGAUUCGCACAAAGACUCGACUGACAAGUCGGAUGAAAAGUCCGGAGAAAAGCAAGAAGAUAUACCCAGUCAACAGCCUACACCACCGCCAACACCACUGCGGGAGUCUGAAGAGAAAGAGGCCGAAAAACACAACGACGAAGAAAAGUCUGAGACAGCAGACGACAAAGAAGCAACACCAAAGAAACCUCNGCGACCCACUUCACUGGUACGGCAUCUUGGUUCCUCCUUCUUUGCGCUCGUCUCAAAAGUCCUUUCUGUCUGCCAUCAACGACCCUGUCAUAGAUGCUGUCAAUUCGGCACAAGCUCUUCGUCGCAUUGACAUGGAAAUCCGCAAGCUGCGCAAGGACAUCAAGAAGGCUGAGAAACGUGCUGUUUGA